CAACUGUGUAUAAAACCCACAUCCACAUGGCACUCAGAUGGAAAACAUCACAAGGGAUGUAUACCACCACUGGAGACUGUCUUGUCAUUGAUAUAGAGGACAACUUGACAUUUGCAGAGGAGAAUACUGUACCAGACAGCAUGAUCCAUGUUUCAAGAAUGCCCAAGUUCUCCACUUGUGGGACUAUAAGUUUCGAUCCGUCUCCUAUGGAUACAGCCACUGACCAGGACCAGGACUUGAGCUCAUCAGCCAGACACAGAAGACCCAGGUCCCAUUCCUACUACAGCCCAGAGGACGCCAAAAAGUAUGGCGUGGAGACGGCGACAGAUGAGAACUUUGUCAGGCCACGCUCCAGGUCUUUCUAUAGUUACGAGACGUCUGAGCUCUACAGAGAGGGGAACUUUACCAGGUCCAACGCCAUGAGGCCGAGAUCCAACUCCCUGGAGAAGAGUGGGGAGGGGAAGAAGGAGAAGAGUAGUGCGGAUGGGAAUCAGGGGAUCAUGGCUCGGCUCAACUCCAAGAGAUCCAAGUCCAACACCAACAAACACUUGCCAUGCAGAGAUCUCAAUGGUAUGCAAAUUACAGUAUGUUUAAAAGUGACCGAUUUAUGUUUAAUUGACAAAUUAUGUUUUUUAAAAUAUUUUGCCAUAUUCCUACUGUUAUUUGUAUUUGCAUUUAUUUGGGAUCCCAUUAGCUGUUGCCAAGGCAGCAGCUACUCUUCCUGGGGUCCAAACACAUUAAGAAACGUACAUUACAUAUGCAACAAAAGAUAACACAGUACAUCAUAUAACAAUAUUACACCACUACAUAUCUACGAUACAAAAUGUAUAAUACCACCAUACAACAAUAUUACAAUGAACGUGUGUGUAGAGUGCGUGUGCUAGCGCUUGUGUGCGUAAGCGUGUUUCUAUGAAUAAGAGGGGGAGAAAUGCAGAACAUGCACAAACACAGAAUGUUACUGUGGAUGAACACAGAUCUAUAAUAAUUCAUUUAUGAAAUAAUCAAUUUAUUCCUUCCUCUCUCCAACAGGCAGAAGAGGCAGUCUGAAGGGUGUCCCCAUGAUGACCAUCUCCGAAUCAGACAACUGGGAGAUCAGCUCCUGCUCUGGCAUGAAGUAUGGCCAGUUUGUGGACUGGGAGAAGAUCGACCCUGAGGCUUCAGAGUGCUACCAGAGGAUCCUGAAGUCGGACCACCAGGAGCUGAAGACCAUGGGUCGAUCAGGGUUCUGGACCAUGCCCCAUACACUGAGGGCCAAGGCCUACUAUCAUAUAAUUCAUGGUAUCAACUGCAGGUCCUUCAAACCAGAUCGAGAUUGUUACCAGGAAGUGGCCAAGAAGCUCUUUGGGGAGCAGAAGAUGAUCACACACCCCUUCCCUGAGUACAUGGAUGAUGGUGUGAUCCCCAGGUACUGGCUAUGAAGCUAUCAGAGAAAAACGGUUCAGAUUAUCAAAUCAUGAUCAAAUCAUUUUGGUCAUUAAACUUUGAUAGGAGAAUCUGAAGUUUAUCAUGCUUUUUCCCCAUAUUGCAUGUACAUUAUGUUCUGCUCAUAAAAUGAUAACAUAGCAAGUGUCUUCAUUCUUCUUCCCACCCCCAGGUACUGCCUCAACAAAGCUGGUCUCAAUUCUGUUAAAAAGAUCCUCCUCUGCAUCAGCAAGCACCUCCCGGACAUCAACUUCUGCCCCAUCCUCCCAGCCUUGGUAGCUCUCCUCCUACAUUUCAGCGAAGACGAAGCAGAGUGCUUCCACAGCAUCUGCCGCCUCAUCGCCUACAAUGACCCCAACAAGCGCUACAUCGACCAGACAUUCCUCACCUACAGGGCCUCCUGCAUGACCUUCGGCGACCUGGCCAACAAGUACUGCCGCGGCAUCCGCAAGCUCAUCGCCAGCUCCCACCAGAACCUCUUUGAGUUCUACUCCGAUUGGAUCAUGUGGAUCUUCGCCGAUCUCCCCUUCACAUACGCUAUCAGGGUUCUGGAUGUCUAUCUUCUGGAGGGUUACAAGGUUCUCUACAGGGUGGCUCUGGCUCUUCUCAGCUUGUACAAGGUCUCAGUUUCGUCUCGUGUCGCCGACGUGGAGGACUUCAGGCGAGACAUGAAGAGCUUUGUGGAGAACGUGCCGCGUCACUGUACGGUGGAGAAGCUGCUGGAGAGGGCCUUUAGCAUCCAGCUAGCCACACGGAGGGAGCUCAACCUACUGUUCAAAGCUAACAAGGACUCACUCAUGCAGAAGGGCAUCAGUAUCCACCAGAAGAGGUGAGGAUGUUGGUCAAGGGAGUUCUUCCAGAACAUUUUUCUACUCUUGAUGAACAUCUAAUUGGGCCACUCUCUGUUAACGAACAAAAGAUAGCAAGCCAUCACCAAGUCAGCCCUACUCCUCAUAGGAUGAUUAUGCCAGAUUACUUCCAAGCCAGUUUGGUAUAGAGAUGCUACAGUCGUUCUACCAAACUAUACCUAGAUACUGUAUGCGUUUUGAUCUAUAAACAGUUUACAGCUCUUUACUUUCUGAGUUUCCUUUAUAUUCAUCUGUAAUCUGAAGAUACGGUUCAAAACAAAUAUUUACGUUCUCAAACUGUUUCUGUUCCUCCAUAAAGGCAGUCGUGCCAGGUAGUGGAUUUUGACAGCUUCAGCUCCAGCGUUGUCACGGGGACAGAGAUGAGGAUUGUCUGGGCCUGGAUCCCUGAACGCUUUGCCCUCUUCAAUCCCAUAAGACUGUUCAGCACCAACGAACAUGGUCGAAGCCUGGCCUCGUAAGUGACUUUAAUUCACUAUUUUACCUUAGUAGUGGAUCAAUGGCUUUGAAUACAUAUACAUUCAGAUGCCCAGAACUGUCUACAGUAAAUUCAACAGCCCAGAGCUGUAUAAACUCGCCUUAGAGUUCAGUUACAUAAUAGUGAAAGGCUGUGUUGUUAGAAUCAACAACAUGUUUGCCUUAAGGUGCAUGACCAAGUGCCCUCCAGUUCGUUGGCGGGAACAGUUCAUGUGGCAUCAGUUUUUUAUGUCUCUAGAAGUGUUCUGUUGGUCUGUCAGGAGAAAAUGUGGUAGAUAAUAUACAUCAGCACUUGCAAAUCCUUUUAGAAAAGCUCUGAAUUCCUACAUCACAAUUACUAGCUGUUGUCUCGUCCUAGAGCUAGUCAAAACGUCGAGACGCCAAUAGUUAUUUUUCUCCACUAUGAGGAAUCUCUAUGCACGUUGACUCUGAUGUCCUUCAAAGAGUUUGAUUGGGAUUCUCUGACUUUCCUUUGUCACUGCGCUGAGACGUACCUGCCUCAGCAGACAUGCUUUUGAAUUGGUUCUAGCCAUACACAGGGUGGUCUUGACAGGAUGUGAUGACCCCAAUUAAAAGUCUGACCCUGACCAGGACGUGACCCCUCCAGUAAACUUUGAACUUACACCCUCAUAAAUACAUUCCAGGGGGCUGGGAUUGUUGAACAACAGUUGUCUAAAAACAUUACAAAUAUAGAUCAAGUUUCAGUGCCAUUGUUCACUGUGAGUGCUUAAAGUAGUAAGACAAUGUAAAAUGUAAAAAAAUAAAAUAUUUUUUCUCAAUUGUAAGAUUUUAUUCCCGUGUUGAGGGGCAUGAGCCAGCGGUAUUGAUUCUGAAAACUGUGGAUGAAGAGGUGAGUUUACAGUAGCAGACUAGCUUUUUUUAAAUUAAAUAUUUGACACUCAACUAGAUUCUAUGCAGACUUCUUACCCCUGUGUCACUCCACAGGUCUGUGGUGCCUUCCUGUCGACAGAUUUGAUUCAGCGAAAAGAGUAUGAUUCAGAAGAGCCUGCGUAUUUUGGGACUGGGGAGAGCUUUGUCUUCACGGUGAGAGAAAUUAUGAUCUACAGAUCUGAAAUAGCUGAUUUUGCAAAUGUUUUCUCCCUUGAUGCUGAUCAGUUGUAUUAGAGUAAAAAAUACUGGUUGAAAUUUGUACUGAUCAUGCCUUAGAAUAACAUAGGCUCCAUUCCUUUCCAAUGCCAAUCAGUCAAUUCAGGAACUUAAUUGUUAAUUGUUCUUAAUUGUUCGUUGUUCUUUCAGCUUCGUCCAGGCAUGGAGCGCUACCAACGGGCUGUGGUUCACAUUACUGCCAAGAGACAACCUUCUCCAGACCUUCGAGCUGCUAGUGUCUGUGUAUACACUUCCUCUGGUAAAGAGGACUCCUUCUCUACCCCACACUCUCCCACCUCUACUACCAACCACACCACCCUGACCUGUCCUGCCGGGACCCUCCAGGACCCCAGCUACCUGACCACCCCCUUCACCACCUCCUCCCCCGGACCUCUCUCCCCCUCACCCAAGAGGGCCAAGGAACAAGGGGCCUCCAUGUUCAUCGCCGGAGACCACGAGAGGCUAGUCAUUGGUAAGCUGCUCAUACAGUGGGGAAAAAAAGUAUUUAGUCAGCCACCAAUUGUGCAAGUUCUCCCACUUAAAAAGAUGAGAGAGGCCUGUAAUUUUCAUCAUAGCUACACGUCAACUAUGACAGACAAAUUGAGAAUUUUCUUCUCCAGAAAAUCACAUUGUAGGAUUUUUAAUGAAUUUAUUUGCAAAUUAUGGUGGAAAAUAAGUAUUUGGUCACCCACAAACAAGCAAGAUUUCUGGCUCUCACAGACCUGUAACUUCUUCUUUAAGAGGCUCCUCUGUCCUCCACUCGUUACCUGUAUUAAUGGCACCUGUUUGAACUUGUUAUCAGUAUAAAAGACACCUGUCCACAACCUCAAACAGUCACACUCCAAACUCCACUAUGGCCAAGACCAAAGAGCUGUCAAAGGACACCAGAAACAAAAGUGUAGACCUGCACCAGGCUGGGAAGACUGAAUCUGCAAUAGGUAAGCAGCUUGGUUUGAAGAAAUCAACUGUGGGAGCAAUUAUUAGGAAAUGGAAGACAUACAAGACCACUGAUAAUCUCCCUCGAUCUGGGGCUCCACGCAAGAUCUCACCCCGUGGGGUCAAAAUGAUCACAAGAACGGUGAGCAAAAAUCCCAGAACCACACGGGGGGACCUAGUGAAUGACCUGCAGAGAGCUGGGACCAAAGUAACAAAGCCUACCAUCAGUAACACACUACGCCGCCAGGGACUCAAAUCCUGCAGUGCCAGACGUGUCCCCCUGCUUAAGCCAGUACAUGUCCAGGCCCGUCUGAAGUUUGCUAGAGUGCAUUUGGAUGAUCCAGAAGAGGAUUGGGAAGAAUGUCAUAUGGUCAGAUGAAACCAAAAUAGAACUUUUUGGUAAAAACUCAACUUGUCGUGUUUGGAGGACAAAGAAUGCUGAGUUGCAUCCAAAGAACACCAUGCCUACUGUGAAGCAUGGGGGUGGAAACAUCAUGCUUUGGGGCUGUUUUUCUGCAAAGGGACUGAUCCGUGUAAAGGAAAGAAUGAAUGGGGCCAUGUAUCGUGAGAUUUUGAGUGAAAACCUCCUUCCAUCAGCAAGGGCAUUGAAGAUGAAACGUGGCUGGGUCUUUCAGCAUGACAAUGAUCCCAAACACACCGCCCGGGCAACGAAGGAGUGGCUUCGUAAGAAGCAUUUCAAGGUCCUGGAGUGGCCUAGCCAGUCUCCAGAUCUCAACCCCAUAGAAAAUCUUUGGAGGGAGUUGAAAGUCCGUGUUGCCCAGCGACAGCCCCAAAACAUCACUGCUCUAGAGGAGAUCUGCAUGGAGGAAUGGGCCAUAAUACCAGCAACAGUGUGUGAAAACCUUGUGAAGACUUACAGAAAACGUUUGACCUGUGUCAUUGCCAACAAAGGGUAUAUAACAAAGUAUUGAGAAACUUUUGUUAUUGACCAAAUACUUAUUUUCCACCAUAAUUUGCAAAUAAACUCAUUAAAAAUCCUACAAUGUGAUUUUCUGGAUUUUUUUUCCUCAUUUUGUCUGUCAUAGUUGACGUGUACCUAUGAUGAAAAUUACAGGCCUCUCUCAUCUUUUUAAGUGGGAGAACUUGCACAAUUGGUGGCUGACUAAAUACUUUUUUCCCCCACUGUAUGUAGGCUAAAGUGUUUGCUGUUCAGAGUCAUUGGCAAUGUGUCACAAAGAGUGAUCAAUAACGUUCUGAAACCUGGAUAGGCCUGAUGGCCAAAGGAGCAUUCUUGACACGUACAAUAGUUUUUGCAGCGACUUUGACGAUGGGGGUAGGGAAAACAGCUUAGGGUUUCUCACAUGGCAUAUUCUUUGUAUUCACCCUUUGUAUUCUUUGUAUUGAUGUCAACAUUACUGGGAAGUGCUGCAACUAGAAGUGGGCUGCUGUUAUUACUGUAAAUUCAAUGCUAACGUCUUUUACAGUGAGUGUGAUGUGUUUGUCUCGCCAGGUGGCGAUGGGGGUCACGCUCUCUGCCUCCAGGCUGAUCUGGAGGGGGGCUACACGGAGCGAUGUGACACCUUCGAGAGCGCCCCUCUCUGCAAGGGACACUUCAAGAUCCGGACGCUGGAAGUGUGGGGAAUUCAAAACUCCAUCUCUUUCUCACACUACUUCUCUUACUGUAAUUAAAAGAGGAGGCUGACAUAUGUUUCCCCCUCUUAUAUGAACUGGUUUCUCCUAAUUCCGUUGUCCAUUUGAUUAGACUGUAUGUUUCUUAACGUUUAUAAUGAAAUAUUUUCUAUUCACACAAUUCAUCUUAGUUAUGUGUGUGUUUGAUGACAAUGACCCAUAGGCUAAACCAAAUAGGGUUUUUACAGUGCAUUCGGAAAGUAUU